AUGCCGGACGAUUCCGUGCCUUCGCGCCUUACCCAACUCCCGGUCAUCAAUGAGGAGCGGCCACGCUUCAGUGUCAUCGAGUUACAAGAUUAUUUUCAGCGAAUUAAUCUCCCUCAGAGAUAUCUGGACUCGCCAGUUCUCUCAGACAAGACUUUGGCUGCAACCAAACAACACGGUCUUCCUUUUUUAAAAGCUCUCAUCAGAUACCACACCUGUAACGUCCCCUUUGAGAAUCUCGAACUCCAUUAUUCCGCCCAUAAAACGGUUACUCUUAAGAUCCCAGACCUCUAUGUCAAGAUCGUCAAGCAGCGUCGUGGGGGCCGAUGCAUGGAAAACAAUACCUUCUUUGCAACAGUCCUCCGCUCGCUUGGCUUCGAGGUACGUAACUGCGGAGGCCGCGUUUCCCGAGCAAUGAGCCCUUACCCAGAGGUUCGCCGUAACCAAGCUUCGACUUAUGAUGGGUGGAACCAUAUGCUCAAUCUCGUACAAUUUGAUGGUGCAUGGUACGUGGCAGACAUUGGAAUGGGAGCCAUGGGUCCCAAUCUACCCUAUCCCUUGCAAGAUGGAUUUGAAACAGUCAGCGUUAGCCCCCGCAGGAUACGAGUUCAGCAACGCGCCAUAGCGGAAUCAUAUGGGACCGAUUCAAACAACCUUUGGUGCUAUGACAUCUGCUACAGUCCAGUCCACGGUGGGGAGAAUCAAUGGACUCCGGUUUAUUGUUUUACUGAGACAGAGUUCCUACCGCAAGACUACGAGAUCAUGUCGUGGUACACAUCCACGCAUCCAAGCUCUUUCUUCACAAAAUAUGUUACAAGUACCAGGAUGCUCAUGGACAAGGCUGGCGAGGAGAUUGUUGGCAGUAUGACCCUUUUUGAGGGCGGUAUAAAACAGAGCAUCGGCCUUGACCGGAAGAUCGUGAAAGAAUGUAAAACUGAAGAAGAGCGCAUCAAGGCACUAAAGGAGAUAUUUGAUAUCGCCCUGACAGAUGAAGAGAAGCAAGGCAUUCCAUCGGAGCUGCGACUAGCUUGA